AUGGCCGUUCUUGUACCCGCCAUCGGCCUAUCAAGGCCUAUUCGCCUGCUGGUUUUCGCCUUCGUCCUCGUCUGCUUGAUAUUCUGGUGGCCUUCGUCGGAAGGCGGAGGAUUAUCGACUCUUUUGUUCUCCAAAUCUAGCCAACGGUCCAAACACGCCAUCCUCAAGUACAUAGAUCCAUUAAUCGGUACCGUCAACGGCGGGCAUGUCUUCCCCGGAGCAACAUUGCCAUACGGCAUGGCCAAGGCCUGCGCUGACACCAACUCUCGUGCUGAGAACGCCGCGGGUUGGGUGUCUGACAAUUCCAAGAUUACCGGCUUUUCCCACAUGCACGAUUCUGGAACCGGAGGCUCUCCAUCGCUUGGAAACUUCCCCCUCUUCGUUCAUCCUGGGUGCCCGAACGACAAUUACACAAUGUGCAAGUACACAACCGACCAGCGAAGCCUUUUCCGCGUCAACGACUCUAUCUUGGCCACUCCAGGCUAUUUCUCACUCAACCUUUCCAACACCGUUCGUGCUGAGAUGACGGCAAGCGAGCGGACUGCUCUUUACCGAUUCACAUUUUCACCAAACGAGACGGUCUCAUACGAAGACGUGGCCAAUCCCGACCAGGACAAAAUCGAUGCCGUGAGCAAUCCUCUGGUUCUCAUCGAUCUCACAGAUAUCGCCCAGAGCAGAUCUAGCGGGGGCAUACAAGUUUACGAAUCAGGUCGUAUGGUCGGAGACGGUACUUUCAGGCCGUCUUUUGGACAGGGCACCUACUCGGCCUUCUUCUGCGCCGACUUCCGAGGCGCAAACAUUCGAAAAUCGGGUGUUUUUGAAGGCGAAAACGCACACGACGACCAGAAAUACAUCUCAUCGUUCACUCGAGGCUUUUACAACCCGACUGGCGCUGCCGGCGCAUGGCUGCACUUCGAACGUCCCGAGAACAACCAGAUCCUCGCCCGUGUCGGUGUGUCAUUCAUUUCGGUAGAAAAAGCGUGCCAGAAUGCCGAGAACGAGAUUCCAAAAUUCGACUUCGAGGGUACUGUCAAAGCUGCCGAGUCGAUUUGGGCGGAAAAGCUCUCGACGGUGCAAGUCGACGCUACGGGAGUCAGCAAAGAUAUGCAGGUCACUUUCUGGUCAGGUCUAUACAGGAGUCUGCUAUCGCCGCAGAACUACACGGGAGAGAACCCUCUCUGGGAGUCAUCAGAGCCGUACUUUGACUCCUUUUACUGCAUUUGGGACUCCUUCCGUGCCCAGCACCCGCUGUUGACCGUUAUUGAUCCAGAGGCACAAACGCAAAUGGUUAGAGCUCUACUGGAUAUAUACAGAUUCGUCGGUAAACUGCCAGACUGCAGAAUGUCGUUCUGCAAAGGGUAUACCCAGGGCGGUUCCAACGCCGACAUCGUCAUUGCCGAUGCUUAUCUCAAAAACAUCAGCAAUGGCGUGGACUGGAAGACCGCGUACGAGGCCGUGGUGUCUGAUGCGGAAGUUGCACCUCAAAACUUUGGUGUUGAGGGUCGUGGGAACCUUCAAAGUUGGUUUGGUUUGGGAUACAUUGCCAAAGACCACAUGGACAGGAUAGCUAGCGGACCGAACACUCGCUCCAUAUCUCGAACGGUGGAGUACGCCUACGACGACUUUUGCAUCGCCGAGAUGGCGCGUGGUCUGGGGCACAACGACGACCACGCCAAGUACAUGCAGCGCAGUGCCAACUGGCAGAAUCUUUGGAACCCAGACCAGCCGGACAUCAUCCAGGACAAAAGCGGCAAGGAGGUUGAUCGAACCAAGUACAAGGGAUUUCUCAUGCCGAAGCUGAUCAACGGCUCCUUCGAGUACCAGAACACACGUGUUUGUUCGCCCAACACAGAGCAACACAUCUGCUACUUCGACACCUGGCAGUCCACGUACGAGGGCUCACCAUGGCUGUACUCGUUCUUCGCACCGCAGGAUAUGAAGACGCUGAUUCAGCUGAUGGGCGGUCGGGACGCAUUUGUGGAUAGGCUGGAGUAUUAUCACGGCGGUAACAUCGUCUACAUGGGCAACGAACAGGGCUUCCUCACGAUCUUCCAAUUCCACUACGCCGGCCGGCCCGGUCUUAGCUCCCGCACGGCCCGAAGCUAUAUUCCGUCGCAGUUCAACUCGAGUAUCAACGGCAUACCGGGCAACGACGACUGCGCAAUGGGGGCUUUUAGCGGUCUGGCCAUGAUGGGCUUCUUCCCGGUAGCCGGACAGGAUGUGUACCUCCUCAUCCCGCCAUUCUUCCCUGAAGUUCGACUGAAGUCGAGGAGUGCCAAGCCCGCUGUUAUCCGAAAAGUCGCCAAGGACGAAAAGGAGCUGGCCGAGGGCAUAUACAUUCAGAGCGCUACCCUGAAUGGCAGGCCGUAUACCAAGAACUGGAUCUCUCACGACUUCUUCUACCACGGUGGGGUGCUGGAGUUGACGGUUGGCUCGAAAGAGAGUGAUUGGGGCACCAAAGAAGAGGACGUCCCGCCCAGCUACCCAGCAACACCAAAGACUUUGGCUGCGCAAGGAUGA